AAUUGAGGUCUCGUGAGGUGAGUCUACAGUUUGUAUAAGGGCAGCAAGGCAGCAACACAAGUAACCGGACUUGGACAUUGACGACGAGAGCUGCACAUGAAUAAACCCUAAAAUGAUGCUACUUUUACUUCUAACAGCCGUGGCUACGGUAUCUCACGCCCAGACUGACUGCAGACAAGGUGCUUGUUACCCACGCAGCAGCGACCUUCUUGUGGGCCGGGCUGAUCAGCUCCAUGCCUCAUCAACAUGCGGGCUGACAGGCCCCGAAGUGUACUGCACGCCAUACCAACAGAGGAAGAUGAAGUGCUGCCCAUGUGACUCCAGAAACCCAAAUGGACCACUGGCCCACACUGUCAAGGAAGUGCUCUCCACUGCUGGACCAGAGAGAUGGUGGCAGUCCAUUAAAGAGGUGGCUCCAGUAACAUUUCAAUUGGACCUCAACAAUCUUUUCAAGCUCGACAACCUGAUCCUUAAAUUUAAGGGGCCUCGUCCAAGUGCCUUGGUUAUAGAGAAGUCUUUGGAUAAUGGCAGGACAUGGCAGCCUGCCUUCUACUUAGCUACAGACUGCCAGAAAUCAUUUCCAGGGAUCUCCACCGCGUCGCCCGUUACUGAGGAGCAGAAAUAUUGUUUUACGCUGCCCCCUACUGAAACAAACCCAUAUCAAGAUCAUACAAUCGAGUUCAGUCCACUGCAGCACUAUCCUUAUCUCCCAGAUCCCAGCAACCCAAAGAUUAAAGAUGCGACUGGUUUAACAGGCCUGAGGGUAACCUUGGCCGAGUUGGGCGAGGUGCCACGUCAACCGGGCAGGUCUCUCAGUAGGUUUUUCGCCUUGAAGGAGAUGAAAGUGAUGGGCAGCUGCAUGUGUCACGGACAUGCCAGUCACUGCUUGCUGGAAGCCGUCAAUAAGGUGAGCCCACAGUGUGACUGCCAGCAUAACACUGCUGGUGUGAACUGUGAGCGCUGUGAUGAGCUUUACAAUGAUCUACCCUGGAGACCUGCGGAGGAAGGCAACACGCACACCUGCAGACGCUGUGAGUGUAACAACCACGCCCAGCGCUGUCGAUUUGACCAAGUUUUGUAUGAAGCCAGCGGCCGGAGGAGUGGAGGCGUGUGUGAAGGAUGUUUGCACCACACCACAGGACCACAUUGUGACCAGUGCGUCCCUGGCUACCAGCCCAAUCCCAACAGCCAGAUGGAUCGUCCCGAUGCUUGUAUACGUUGUGUCUGCAAUGCUGAAGGGACAGUGAAUGGGGGACGAUGUGAUGACAAUACAGGCCUGUGUCAGUGUAAAAUGAAUGUGGAAGGGCCACGCUGCGAUCGGUGCAAACGAGGCUAUUAUGGUCUUUCUGCAUCCAAUCCUCUGGGUUGCACAAAGUGUUCCUGUUUUCCAGAGGGAUCACUAUCAGACAUUUGUGAUUCAGUGACUGGCCAGUGUCCUUGCCGGCCGCACUUCCAUGGCCUUACUUGUGAAUCGUGUGCAAGAGGCUACUGGAAAUCGCCGCAGUUCCAGCGCUGUGAACUCUGCAACUGUGACCCCACAAGGUCCUUCAGCGAUACUUGUGACCAGCUGUCAGGUCAGUGUCAAUGUAGGCCAGGCUUUGGAGGCCAAAAAUGUACUGAUUGCCCAGCCAACUCAUAUGGCGAUCCUCUCAUUGGCUGCAAGCCUUGUCUGUGUGACCCUGAAGGCACCCAAGUUUGUAACAAGCAGACGGGAAGCUGUUUGUGUCGUCCAGGCAUCACAGGCGCUCGAUGUGACUCGUGCAUGAGAGGACGCUGUGACUCUUUCCCUAAUUGCAAGAUGUGUCCUUCUUGCUUCUUCUCCUUGGAUACACAGCGACAAAGCUUCGGUUUAGCCUUGGAGAAAUUCACCUUGAAAAUCCCUUCUCGUCCGGGAGGUUCUGGCGACCUUGGGAAUUUGGAGCCCCGUAUUCGAGCCCUUGAAGCUCGUCUGAAUUUCAUUCGGCUCUCUAUCUCUCUUCCUCCCAGUUCUACAAGACAGAUUGAUGAUGCUCUGUUCCAACUAAAGAAAUUAAGGGAGCAAGUGGACAAUGUAAACAAUGGCCUCUCUCCUCUGCCACCAAAACCUGAUCCGAGCAAAGAGCUUGACAAACUUCAGGUCCUGCUGGACACUCUAAUUGUUGAAUACAACAUCAAGAAAGAAGCCAUGAAGAACACAAUCAAUCCCAGCAACACAGGUGCUUUCAAUACCAUCAAAAACGCCUAUGACGAGUCUGCAGAUGCCGCAAAGAAAGUUGAUACUACCAAAAAAACUGUCAAGGAAUCAGCUGAUGCCAGAGAAGAUACUUUAGAUCUUCAGGAAAAAGAAUAUCCAAACAAUACUCGAGAGGUCAACAAACUAAACCAGAGCAUGGCGUCCCGCCCAGACCUCACUCCUGUUGCUAAAAAGGUAUGUGGCAGUGUUCGUUCCGAGCCCUGUACUCCACUCAUGUGUGAGGGUGGGGACCUGUGCCCACCUGAAGGAACUUUGCCCUGUGAGAAGGGCUCAACAUGUGUUGGUGCCCUCCCUCUGGGCAAGAGGGCAGAUGCCGAUGUGAAGGAUGUAAAAGAUCGUCUGGAAAAUCUCAGCAACAAGAUCACGGAGGCAGCAGAGAAGCUCCAAAACACCCAAGACAACACCAAUGGCAUGAGGCAGUCAACAGACGAUCUUUCCAACAAGAUAAGGGAAGCCAGAAAUGAUCUAGAAGAUGACCUAAGAGAGGCAAAGGAUAUUGUGAAAGAGCUCAAAGAUUUCCUGUCAGACCCAUCAUCCAACCUGACACACAUUCAGGAUGUGAGUGACCGGAUCCUUAAAACCAAACUGCCUUUCAGCCCGGAUUCUCUGAAGAAGAAGCUCGAUGAACUGAAAAAUCUUGCCGAAAACCUACCGGACAGUACGUCCAUAUUGAGCAAGUCAGAGCCGCAGUUGGAUGCGGCCAGAAAACUGUUGCAAGAGGCCCAAGAUACCAGGGACACGGCUCUAGGGGUGAAGGACGAUGUGGAUGAACUGCUGGCAGGCUUUGAUUCCGUGGAGGACUCCCUCACUGACAUGGAGGACAAACUCCAGAACAGCAUGGAUUCCAUAGACAACUUGAAUAGAACUCUUACUAAGGCCAAAAAUCAACUGAAACCAGCAGAGAAGACUCUGGAUGAUGUGUCAUCCGUGAUGAAUCCAAUCAAACCGCAACUGGAUGAGCUUAAAGAUCUCCUGCGGGAUGGAGCCGAACAAGCUGAGGACGCUCAGGAAACCGCAGACCAAGCUGCGGAUGAAGCAGCUGAUGCUGAUAAGGAGCUGUUGACGGUGCAGGAGCAGUUUGAUCUUCUCAAAAAUAAGGCUACUUCUGGACAGCCUCCUGGAGGAGCAGGGCCAGGGGAUGAACAGCUUACAAAGCUCAUGAAGGAUGCUGGGAAUCUGGCCAACACCACUGACGGCAUGUUGAAGGCUCUGGAAGGAAAAGCCGAUUCGCUGAAGCAAUUGCAGGAUGAGAUUCUUCAAAAGUCCUCAAAGCUUGAGGGACUUGAUGCCAAGCUUAAAGACCUUGUGGCACAACUUCAAAAGAAAGGCCAUGAUUUGAGCACCUGCCAGGGCUGAGGGACAAGUUAUUUUCACUCCGGUACAAGACACAAUGUUUAACAGAAUCAGUCUUCAUUAAAGCAGACGUUCUCCUUAACCCUCAAAUACUGUUGUUACUUGUCUCCAUAACAUUGCACCUUUUCUUUGACAGAUGCACCGUGUCGGGUUUGGAAAGAUAUGAUUCUUCAUGAAAAGAACCACCUUUGCGUAUACUAUAUCAAACAUUUAGCGAGGGUGUCAAUGGUUCCAUUGCGGUAAUCUGCCGAUGUAUGUCUUUUGUUUGAAAAGUGACAUGGGAAAUCUCAGCACAAAAUGUAUCAGUACCACGUUUGCCUUUGCAUAACCUACAGGCUGUCACAAAGAUUUGAUGUCAUUUUGUAGUCUGUGAAUAAUCAAUUCUUGCUAAAAUAUGAGAUAUGGAAAAUGAGGUUUAAUGUACUUUAUUCUGGCAGAA